AGUCAGCUGGACUUCAAGAUACGUAACCCUGUUGGAGGCAUAUACCAAAACUGUCUCAUCAUAAGAGAACUUGGAUUGUUGGACACAGACUGCAACAAACAGAGUUGCUCCGCCUGUCACACUACAGCGGGUAGUACCUGGACCUUGAGGAGCAUCUGUGAGGAGGAAAAGCGCAUGUACUACUUCGACCUGGUGGCCUUCCCACUCUACUUCCGAGGUUAUGGUGAAUACAUGGUGGAGAAGGUGGGCGACGUUUGGACCUGGUAUGAUAGCAUUACUAACAUCACCAAGGCUGUCUUACCUGUACAGGAACACCUUAAUUACCCCAUCGGUAGACAGACCUGGGACAUCAAGGAUCCAGUAUGUGGACAAGAAUCAGGAAAGAGGCAACUCACACUCUCACCCUGUACAGCUGGAGAAUUUACCUGUACUGACGGCACCUGUAUAUCAUUCGCUAGACGCUGUGAUCUGAAAUUUGACUGUGGUGACAAGACGGAUGAAAGCUUCUGUGAUAUUGUCAACUUUCCAGGGGACUACAGGUCUAAACUGCCUCCUAGACCAGUAUCGGAUCUAUCGCUGCCAAUAUCUGUCAACGUCUCCAUGGACACUAUCAAUAUUGACACCACCACCAUGUUGAUCUCUGUCAGCUACAACCUGCGUAUGACCUGGUUCGACAAUAGGCUGACCUACAACAACCUUAAGGCUCUCACUAGGCUCAAUACAGUGUCGCUGGAUCAGGUCGAGCAACUGUGGCGACCGAACGUGGGGUUCAUCAACACAGACGACAUCCAACACACGGUCGUGGAUCAGGGCGCUGUCACUACCAUCAUCAGAGAACACCCGCACUUUGUCCGUGACCUGUCCAACCCAUAUGAAGUGGAAGUCUACCGAGGGGACACCAACCCUGUAUCAACCACGAGAAAGUACAGCACUGUAUUUACCUGUAAUUUCGACUUGGUACUCUACCCAUUUGACAUCCAAACCUGUUCAAUGCAGCUACAGAUCCAGUCUGCUUCCUCUGAGUAUCUAAUAUUCAACUCAAAUGAUUCUUACGUCCAAUAUCUGGGUCAGAAGUUCCUGAUUGAGUACGGAAUUGGACUCAUAGACCUCCAGGUGGACAACGCAAUGCAGUAUAGCGAGAUGAAAGUCCGUAUUGAGUUGAUUCGACGCUAUGGCUAUGCUAUGCUAAACAUCUACAUUUACAUCCCUUACCCUUCUCAUUAUUAG